AUGGGCUGCGCAUUGUCAGGUCUGGAAGCAAAAGCAGAGUUUGGUGAGAGGACUACAGAGGAGGAUGCUGCUGCUGCUGCUGCUGCUGCUGCUGCUGCUGCGUGUCCCAGCGAGGAUCAGAUUCAGAUGAUCAAGGAUUCAUGGAAAGUUAUCCGGGACGAUAUUGCUAAAGUUGGGAUUAUUAUGUUCGUCAGGUUGUUUGAGACUCAUCCUGAAUGCAAGGAUGUCUUCUUCCUGUUCCGAGACGUGGAGGACCUGGAGAGGUUGCGGACCAGCCGGGAGCUCAGGGCCCACGGCCUACGGGUUAUGUCUUUUAUUGAGAAAAGCGUGGCUAGACUGGACCAGCUGGAGAGACUGGAAGCUCUGGCUGUGGAGUUGGGGAAAAGCCAUUAUCAUUACAACGCCCCACCUCAGUACUACAGUUACGUUGGAGCAGAAUUCAUCUGUGCCGUGCAGCCCAUCCUGAAGGAGAGGUGGACAGUUGAGCUCGAGGAGGCAUGGAAGACCCUGUUUCAGUUUGUGAGCAGCCUAAUGAAGCAGGGAUACCAGGAGGAGAGCGACAGACAGCACUACCUCACACUCUCCCCAAAGGAAAGGCCGGACAAGAGGAACACAGCGCUUUGA